GCGUGAAUGCGUAGGCAUGCGCAGAUUGUGCGAUUUCAUCGAAUCGUGUUUUGUGAAGGGUGGUGAAUUUUGACUGAUGCAAACUAAUGGAUAAUAGCUUAUUUUGACAGUAAUGAAUAAACACUAAGCUGUCGUAAAUAAAAACAUGUAAAAAUUGUGCGUCAUUGUUCAUUUUCUGCGGUCACCUGUGCAUAUUCUUGCGUUAAAAAUAAAAGUAUUUAUGAAAACAUGGCAUGUAUAAUAGUGACAUUUGGGCGUCGUUGUAAAAAACGAAUACAGUGAUGGAUUAAUAAUCGACUUUUCUAAUGGAUUAAAAUCUCCCCUCACGAUUUAAACACGGCUGCUACCUGGCGCCGUUAUGGAGGACAAGCGGGGCCAUCGCUUUGGCGGCUCCAAAGUCUCAGAAAUAGCGAACCGAUUCCAAGCAAAAUCCUCCCACAGCGAGGAGAUUAUCGCCCCCAUAAAAACCAAAAAGAUCGCUUCGUGCCCAAACGAGCUAGUUGAAGAAAUAUCUGACGUAAAUGUAAUCCGCACAGAAUCGCACGUGACGAGGUUCAACAGCGCUCGAGCACUUUUUGAGAAACUAGGCGAAGAGAACCGCAACAAUCGCGAUAAAUUCGCACCUCUCCAAUGUACGAAAAGCGCUUCCGACAUUUGUGAUCCCAAAACCAGGAGUAACUUAUCUCACGAAGAUAACUUUGACUCGGCCAAACACGGUAUUAGAUCUCUAUCGCCCAACCAAAGAGGGGCCCUUGAAACAUGUCCAGUGGCAAAAAGCAACAAUGUUGUGCCUAGUUCCGAGAAUAACGUCAUCAAAGCGAAUCAAACCAAGCCGCUAGUGAAGCCAGAAAAACCCGAAAAACCUCAGCGAAAAUUCAACAAUAAGGAAUUGAUCGAGAAGCAAAGGAAUUGGACUUCACACUUCUCCAAGUCACGCAGUCCGCGCUACAGCAGUGAUCCCAACAAAACGGAAAAGCUAGCUGUGAAUAACGGCGAUUCAAACACAACACAUGAGCACAAGGUAGCUAGCAGAAGUGCAUCUUUCAGUAAUCGAAUUACAGGAUCGGUAGCUAACGAAAACUUUCGACGAAAUGACGUUGUUCGGAAGGAACGUCCAGCUUCGGUUAUUCCGACUAUGUGUAGUAACAAUAACAAUGAAACAAGUCCCACAAGGGUGGUACCUUGUGAAGAUAUGCACAGGCGAAAAGAGAGGAACAGUAUGAUAUUAGGGGAGACUGAAAGACCAAUUGAAAAAUUUCCUGAUGAUGUGCCAACUGUAGCGCCUAGGGAGUUCGCUCAUUCAGUCACUACAAACACGGAUAAUAAAGAAACAAAGAAGCGGAAAAUUUGUGAUCAAAGUGAAGAACACUUUUUUGUUCCUUCGGAAGUAAACGAUAAUAAGGACGUCAGUCGGGAGAGUUUAUCAGCAACGUCUGGCAGCUUAUCGUCUCUAAGCCCUCCCACAAGCCCCGGAAAGUUGAAAUCAGAAAUCGAAAAACAAGAAGAUGAAGGAAACGAGAAAUCUUUUCUUUCAGACGUUACCGACUCCGCGUUUUGCCAAACGGACGAUCGGUUGGAUGUUUCGGAACUUGAACCGCUUCCCCUUGAAGAGGGCGAUUCACAUUUGAAGGCAAAAGCUAAAUUUUUGUACGAAAGUGCAGAAACUAAAUUAAUCAACAUUGAUAAGGAGCCAGAGAUUAAAUUAACCGAUGCCGAGAAAGAGGCGCUUUAUGCUGUGCCGUGUAAGAAUCGCAGACAAGAAAAAUGUCACAUUCCACCCAAGCCAGAUGUCUUGCAAUCGAUUAAAUGCGAGACGGAUUUAAAUAAUACGGCAGUGUUUGCUUCACAAGAACACCCCAGUAACAAACGGACGCAUGUGGUGUGUGAUAAAAGUAAUGAAGAGGCGAAAAAGAGGUGUUUUAAAGGGGAGGGUGUUCCUAGAUCGGAGAGCCCUUUGUUGGAUUUUGAAAAUGAGAGUGAAUAUGCCACCAUUGAUGAUAUUGAAGCCGAUUCGAUGACUCCGACUGAAGAAGAACAUUUGUUAAGCACAAAAAUUUCGGAAAAACGCUUAGUGUCAAGCAGACACGACCUUCUCUCAGACGAAGAGGCGCAAGAAGUUACAAGAUUGCUAAAUUCUAAAAGUCCACUAACCGACGAAUGGGCAACAGAAUCGUCACUGUUUGCUCUAAAUGAGCAGCCAGUGCCACCGACCAAUUCGUCCGAACCAACAUUUGUAAAUCACUACUCGGACGUAGCUCCUGUCUCAGAAAAAUUAUUUGCUCACUUAGAAGAAAAAGAUAAGGCUGAUAUUGACGAAGAAGCGAACGAUUUCUCACAACUCGACUCCAUUGCUUUCAUAGAUAGCUCACCGCCAAACGAGUCAGUUGAAUCCCCAAAACCUCGAAGAAAAUCAAAAGAAGUAGAGAAUAAGUUAGAUAGGGAAAAAAGUGACUACGCCCCCGAGUCGGUCCCCAUCGUGGGGGAGGAAAACGGCGUCCACUACUACGAAGACGGGCAUUUUUGGAUGGAGGUUCCAGGUCUCCUCCCGGAAUCCGAGGAAGAAGACGACGAAUCCGCUUGUUACACCCAUAUUCCCAAACCCACAAAGGUCGCAUUUUCCACCGAACCCAUGAAGGUCUACUCCACGUUCAGCGUAACAGAAUACGACCGACGGAAUGAAGACGUCGAUCCCGUCGCAGCUUCCGCAGAAUACGAGCUUGAGAAACGAGUCGAAAAAAUGGAUGUUUUUCCGGUCGAGCUUAUCAAAGGUUCGGAAGGCCUUGGACUCAGUAUUAUCGGGAUGGGAGUUGGGGCGGAUGCGGGUUUGGAAAAGCUGGGCAUAUUUGUGAAGACUAUAACAGCAAAUGGGGCUGCCGCAAAAGACGGGAGAAUUAAAGUUAAUGACCAGAUUAUUGAAGUCGAUGGGAAAAGUCUGGUUGGUGUUACGCAAGCUUACGCUGCGAGUGUUUUACGGAACACUUCCGGACUUGUCAAAUUUAGUAUUGGGCGGGAGAGGGAUCCGGAAAAUAGUGAGGUGGCUCAGCUUAUACGACAAUCGCUGCAGGCGGAUAGGGAGAGGGAGGAGAGGAGGCAGAAGGCUUUAGAGAUGGAGCAACAGCAGAGUGAUGCUAGCACGGUGCCAUUAACAGGUUCUGCAAACACUAGUGUAUCAGACGGUCCAAACAGUCCUUUAGUGAGCGCUGAAAAUUCAAUGGACGUAGAACAGAGCUCAGACAUUGACUCGUUAAAAGUGCUUCUACAAGAAUUAAUGGAGCAAAACGGCAUAAAACCGGACGACUCCGAAAAGUUGGCUCAGUUAAAUCAAAAGCUCAAGGAAACGGAACGAAUUUUAGUAACGGCGAAAAAGGAGAUCCAGACCUAUCAGAAUAUGUUGGAACAGUCUCAGUCCCAAUAUCUCGUGAUGGAAAAGAAAUACACUAAAGCCAAACAGUUACUGCGAGAAUUCCAACACCGCGAGUUGGACAUGAUCCAUCGGGAGGAUUUCUACCAACAACUUUUGCAAGAAAAGGACACGGAAUACAACGCUUUGGUGAAAAAUUUAAAGGACCGGAUAAUAAUCCUAGAGCAGGAUUUGCUCGAAGCUCAACAAAAAGCUGGCUUGCCUUGCGUUCUCCCCAACGAUAAUCUCAACCUAAAGCAGCUGACGCCCCAAAUGACCAGACGCGUUCCCCCCAAGCCCUUAUACAACGCUUUAGAAACGAAUCUGUCAGACACGGAAAUUUCCGACCACAGUCCGGACGACGAUAAGACUGCAACAGUUGAGAGAAAGCUCCCUUUGAAGGAGGAGCUCGACCGGGUUGUUCCUCAACACGAACUGCUGGACAUUUCUGUCAAUAAGAGCAAGGCGGAAUUGGCAAACAGGGGUUCCUUGGCCAAUAGGCAACUGCCAAGUGCGAAAAAAGGUUCCUUGAGUAAUAGCAGCAGCUCGGAUUACGGCUUAGACGAUAGUUACAAUUCAGGGGACGAAGUCAAUUGUUGUAACGGACGUACUACGAACUCUAAUAAUUUAUAUUCGCAACAUACGAGGUGCCAGGUGCAAGCUAACCCAGAAACGCAACACGAUUUUCAAUACAACAAAGUACAAAAACCAGUUUACGCUUCAUACAAUAAAAGGGUGGAUCCCACGCCAGUUUACGCAAAAGUUCAAAAGGAUUCUAGUCAUUCGGAUUAUACGAACCCGGAUUCGGGGAUUGUCAAAAAGGGGAUCGGCAUGGGACCUCCGCCUUCGCUUGCCGAACAACUGAAACAAGUUUUGUCAGAGCGGGAGAAGCGGUUCAGCUCUGACACUCUGAAUAGUUCCUGUGAAGAAUUGACGGAAAGGUCGAAACACAACGCCGCCCAGCAUUUGCUCGAGGAGAUCCGGCAAGCUGUGAACGAGGCGAAUGCGAAAGUAAAGAAAGUUGUGCCCGUUACAUUAUCACCCCCAGGUAGUACUCCAUGGCAACAUCAAGGAAGUAUGUUACCUACACCUCCGUCUCCGUCGAGUUUGUCGUCAGGGUCCGUUUCACCCUCAAAACACGACGCCUCGUGGGUUACAACAGAUCUCAGUCUGUCCUCGUGUAGUAUUAGCAGCGACAAAAGAGGGUCGCAGUAUUGGCAGUCGACGCCUAUUUCAGAAUGGAGCAAAGACCAGGUCUCCCAGUGGCUGCUUGGGAUUGGGAUGGAGAACCAUAUUCCGAAGUUCGUAGAGUUGGACGUCAAUGGGCAAGCUCUCCUCUUGUUGACGUCUGCGGAUUUCAAAAUUCUCGGUAUCGCAAGUGACGAUAAAAGCUACUUGAAGCGAAAAAUAAAAGAACUGAAAAUACAGAACGAGAAGGAGCGCAAACAGAUGGAACGGAAUAGAAAAGAGAAAGAGAAGCUUUUACGGAAAGCGGAGAAAGCAAAUAAGAAAAAGUAAUAAAUAAAAUUAGCGAAUGGACACUUCGGCCUAGGAAAUUGAAGUAACAUUAGGUGAAAUAUUAACUAUUUAUCAUUAGUGGACACCUGUGAAUGGUGUAUUAUACAUAAUUGCUGUAAAUGUGACUUUCUUGAAUCAGGACAUUACUUUAUUAUUUAUAUGUAUAGCAAGAGUGUGAGAUUAGGAAUCAUUCAUUGCAAUUUUUUAACGUUUGUGUGAUAAUAGUGUAUGUCAUGAUUUUUUUAUCUUUACAUUUUUAUUUUAUAUUUUUGUUAUAUUCUAAUUCAAUAAUUAUUAUCAAAUAAAAGUAAAAAGUAA